CAGGGGCGUCAUGGUGACCACGGCGCCCGGCGCCCGGCGCCCAUGGGUUAUAUAAAGCCACACGACGCGCACCUGGCUUGGACAGACAGACAAACCUCUCACACUCCACCGCUAAUCGCCACCACACCAAGACUCGCCUUUUGCUCCGGCCAAGGAUGCCAUUCCCGCCCCGCCCGUGAACGCCCGAACCAACUCGCUCCAGCUCCCGUCCAUGGACGCCAGCCUCCGGACGCUGUCGCCGUCCAGCUUCACCGGGGAGGUGCGCUCCGCGGUGUCCUCCCUCCUGCUCUCCCCCGGCGGCGCCAGCGCGCUCGACACCGUCUUCUCCCACCUGCCCCCGCCCGUCACCAUCCCGCCGCUCGGCUCCAGCGUCUACUACCGCCAGAGCGAGCUCCUCCGCACCUUCGCCGCCACCCACCAUCAAGCCAGCGCUGCGGCGGCUACCAGCUCCUCGUCGGGCUACGCUGUUCCUUUUCCUUUUCCUGGUGCGGCGGCGCACGACGCGGCGGCAGCGGCGGCGCACGACGCGGCGGCAGCGGCGGCGGCGGGCAGGAAGAUGUACCGCGGCGUGCGGCAGCGGCAGUGGGGCAAGUGGGUGGCGGAGAUCCGGCUGCCGCAGAACCGGGUGCGCGUCUGGCUCGGCACCUACGACUCUCCCGAGACCGCCGCGCACGCCUACGACCGCGCCGCCUACCGGCUCCGCGGCGAGUACGCGCGCCUCAACUUCCCCGGCGUCAUGGACGGCGCCGACGACGCCCGCUUCCCCGACGCCCUCCGCCAUCUCCGCGACGCGGUGGACGCCAAGAUCCAGGCCAUCCGCGUCCGCAUGGCCCGCAAGCGCGCGCGCGCCAGGCGGCUGCGCGAGGAGAGCAAGCAGCAGCAGCAGCAGAACAACACCCAACGCGCCGAGGCCGCCCCGGUGGCGCCGACGGCCCCGCGCCCCGUCGUGUCCGAGAGCGCCACGACGUCCGAGACGACGACGACGACGACGUCGUCGUACGGGUCGCCGGAGGGGGUGCUGUCCGCGGCCGACUUCGAGUGCUCGCUGCAGCAGAUGCCGUCCUUCGACCCGGAGCUCAUCUGGGAGAUGCUCAACUUCUAGCCGCCGCCGGCGGCCAGUAGGACUAGACCGAUUCGACGGACGCAAAGCCAACCAGCAUCAAGGUCCAUCCCAUCCCAUUCAUGGCGAUGGCGUGGACAUGGUUGCGGCGUCUGUCGGAGCCGAAGCUGGUAUCGUAGGAUUGAUUCGAUCUCCAUCUGUGAGGAGGGAGGAUUACAGUUAACCUGUCACUAUAUGAGCAAUAAAAUGCCCGGGAAAAAUUGGGCGUCUCCUAGAGACUAUACUCCUAAAUCCCAAUUACUACUAGCAACUGCAACUGCAUUCUGCAUCUGUCGUGUCCUGAGCAUUCGCAUCACAUCACAUCGACAAAGUUGUAAAGCUGAUCCCUGAAUUCAUAGCAUCUCUAAUGUCAACAUAAGUGUUAAUUUCA